UCUGCAACUCACAACUGUAUCAGCAACUAUAUCGUAUAAGGAAAACUAAACACUCGAAACUGUGGUGAUAGAGGAAAAACCAUCGAAUUUUUAAAUUUUCGCGUAUCGUGAAUGAAACAUUGAUUUAAUUCAUUCUAAAAUUUGAAAAAUCGAGUUGUGUCAUUUAUAUUUCGCUAUUUUGUUGAUAAUUUCCGUCGAGUUUCUUUGUUUUUCACUUAUGGGAAGUGUCGGGAAGUGGUUAAACAAUGUUCGGGGAAACUGAUAGGAGAAUGUUUUUUAUUAUUUACUGAUCCGUUCAAUUGGGGAAAUGUAAAAUGUGUAAUAUUGGUCGGUGACAAAGUCGUGACCAACAGAUUAUUGUUUUCUGAAAAUUGAUAAAAAAACAUAUUGAUGAAUAAUAAACGGGUGGUAUUUGGAAUAUUAAGGAAUACCUGAGAAUGGACGAGGAAUGUCAAGGACUUUUACCCACUUGGCCUGAUUCUGAUUAUCAGAUUCAGAUAAACCAAAGACGCGUCGCCGACGACAGUGGCGGGUAAGGGCGGCACCACAUCUCCCUCAGCACGGCUAACACCAACACCACGACCCCUAGUCAACAACAACCGCCUCCGAUGUCGAUGGAUAGUGGUGGUGGUAGUACCGGUACCGGUUAUGGGGGCGGGGGGGAGGUACUGACCGUUCGUAGGUGGGAACCGAUGCCCCCGCCCCCAGCUGGUGAUCUUUCCAUGGGUAUGGAUAACAAAGAACAAUUGCGGUACUCUUCCAUUCCGCAAAUUUCUAUGGCGCCUGGCCUUAUGCAGACAGGUUCGCAGUUGCCGCUACAAAAUCCACCGCCUCCACCUCCACCGCCUCCGCUGCCUCUGCAGUUACAACGGCCCUAUUCCAGGUCCAUGUCUUCACUGCCACCUGAACCUUUUAUGAUUAUGAGAUCGAAAGCACUGAAUAAAAGAGUUGUGAUUAAUGUUGGUGGAGUCAAACACGAAGUUCUUUGGAGGACUCUUGACCGUUUACCGCACACCAGGUUAGGUCGUCUUAGAGACUGCAAUACCCACGAAUCCCUCAGCGAACUUUGCGAUGAUUAUUCCCUCAUAGACAACGAAUAUUUCUUCGAUCGACAUCCUAAGUCUUUCAGUUCCAUUCUCAAUUUUUAUCGCACCGGUAAACUUCAUCUUGUAGAUGAAAUGUGUGUUCUCGCCUUUAGUGACGAUUUAGAAUAUUGGGGAGUUGAUGAACUUUAUCUAGAAUCAUGUUGUCAACAUAAAUACCAUCAACGAAAAGAACACGUACACGAAGAAAUGAGAAAAGAAGCGGAGUCCCUAAGGCAAAGGGAUGAGGAGGAGUUCGGGGAAGAUAAAUGUUCUCAAUAUCAGAAGUGGUUGUGGGAUAUGUUGGAAAAACCUACCACGUCUAUAGCGGCAAGGGUAAUAGCCAUCGUUUCCAUCCUAUUCAUAGUACUAUCAACAAUAGCACUUACCCUCAACACAAUCCCCAGUAUGCAAGUUAACGAUGAAAAAGGUAACUUCCAAGACAACCCUCAACUAGCGAUGGUAGAAGCAGUAUGCAUAACGUGGUUUUCUUUAGAAUACAUAUUAAGAUUCAGUGCUUCGCCGAAUAAAUGGAAAUUUUUUAAAGGCGGGCUAAACAUAAUCGACUUACUAGCCAUCCUUCCUUAUUUUGUUUCCCUUUUUCUAUUAGAGACUAAUAAAAACGCCACAGAUCAGUUUCAAGAUGUAAGGCGCGUAGUACAAGUAUUUAGAAUAAUGCGUAUCUUGCGUAUAUUAAAAUUAGCUAGACAUUCCACUGGGCUCCAAUCCUUAGGCUUCACACUACGAAAUUCUUAUAAGGAGCUAGGCUUGCUCAUGCUAUUUUUAGCCAUGGGAGUGUUGAUUUUUUCUAGCCUUUGCUACUUCGCUGAGAAGGAAGAGCCCGGUACUAAAUUCAUAAGCAUUCCAGAGACCUUCUGGUGGGCAGGAAUUACCAUGACCACGGUUGGUUACGGUGACAUAUACCCUACGACACCACUUGGGAAAGUUAUAGGAAGCGUAUGUUGUAUUUGCGGGGUAUUGGUAAUUGCGUUGCCCAUUCCUAUCAUUGUUAAUAAUUUUGCCGAGUUUUAUAAGAAUCAAAUGAGAAGAGAGAAGGCUCUGAAGAGGAGAGAAGCGUUAGAACGAGCCAAAAGAGAAGGUAGCAUAGUUUCGUUUCAUCAUAUCAACCUCCGAGACGCGUUCGCCAAAAGUAUGGAUCUCAUCGAUGUAAUUGUAGAUACAGGCCACAAUAUGUCUCAUGCCGACGGCAACAGCACCGAGGGAGAAUCGUUGGCGGGUAGCAGAAAUCAGAGUCAAACUGGUACUGGAUGCUAUAGAAAUUUCGAGCACUUUCCAAAUCGUCAUCGGCGCAGCAAUUCUUCCACUAUGCCUUGUCUUCCAACCAAUGAAGGUCCCCCGGUACCUGCUUCGCCAUCUUCUCAGAGGAAGAUCGGCAUAGAGACAGAUGAAAUGUAUCAACAAACUCCCAACAUAGCUCCGUUAGCACAAGAUGAAACACAACUGAUUCCCAGUACUCCCAAGGAAUGUGUAUCACCAUCGGCCGAGAGUAAAAAAUCUGAUACGCUGAAGAAGACUGAAAAAAUUGAAGAAAUUCCUAGUGAAUUUGAAUGUUGUUUCUGUACAUCAAAGAACUUCAAGGAGUUUGUUGAUGCCGAAAAUCUAAUGCCCUUGACGACAAGCGAUUUUAGAAAUCCAGUUUGCCUCGAAAUGCGACUUAUCAAAGAAUCCGAACAUAGCAUGGAUCAUUUCGGCUUCCCCGAAUUGGACGUGGAAAAGAAGAACAAUGUAAAUAGCGUCGAUCUGAAUAGCAUGGAUAGUUCGGAUACUUUUGCUAGUUGCACGACACACCCUUUCAACUCACAAGGCGAUUUGACAUCUGAUAUUCUGGAUACCAAUAUUAUCGACAGCAAUUUAUAUGUCAAUCCACUGGAUAAGAGUGGAGAUAACAGUCCCGUGAUAUCUACUGGGAUCAUGAGAGGUGGAGGAGUCAAAAAAUCAGCUUCAGGUGAUACUGCCUUGAGAAGUUUGGGAACUUCUCCAAUGGACGAGAGUUUCAGAGGUUUCGGAUUGUUGGAAAGAGGAAGCAGAGUUAGUUUGAAUGAUUCACCGCAUACCAAGAGCAGAAAAGCUAGAUUUCAGGGUCGACCUCGGACCAGAUUUGGAGAAAGAGGGGGCUACUUCGAUAAUGAUUCUCAAGAAAGUUUGGAGAAAAAGAAGAGGCUGUCGUUUAUAUCUUCUAGGGGUUUGGUAUCAGCAAGUCGUAUCAUCAACCAACAUUUAUUUGGUCUUCAAAAUUUAACAUUGAAAACGGGAAAAAAUAGUGGAAGCAAAUCUUCUCUAUCAGUAGACUCGAUUGACAGUCGAACAAGUCCACAAUUGGAGCUCCACCGUCGUUCAAAAUCAAUUCUAAAGAAAUCAGACAGUAGUAGUAAUCGAAACGCUGACCCGGAAAGUGAACGAUUGAUAUCUGACAACAUGUCCGGAUCAGAAGUGGGAUUCAGUAGCGAUUACAGUCCCAAUAAAAGAUUAUCUUCUCCCCCAGCUAGUCAUAGAACAUCAAGUCAAAAAUCGACAACUAAAAAUCUGUCGACGUAUCAACAAGAAUUGGAACGAACGCGAUUACUAAAAUCACAGCUGUUUCUAUUAGACGAUAUUUUGAAAGAAAAACAAUCGUGUAAUGAUAUGCCAAUGAUGGAUUCGAAUAAGUUGAAAAUUUGUGGUGAUAAUGUCAGUGAAGUGCCCCUAUAUAUCUGCCCACCACCUCCGCCCCUGGAUAAUUCGCCAACUGAAGAGACCAGGCUACUUUUCUGCUCUACGAUGACAGCCUCGUCCCCACGACAAACCAACAAUUCCAUAUCUAAGGGACACAAUCCGUCCUCGUAGCAGUUAGAGAAAUUUGGAUCAUCGUCUCUCGAGAGUCACGUAGAAUAUCACGCAUUCAGACAACUACACAUCAACUAUUUGAAAAAAUGCAGCAAAAAAGUGUAAUAUUUCUUGAAAAUUUGAUAACAAUUGGUGCAUUUUGCGUGCUUUGUUGUUUUUUAAAAAAUAUUUUUGGGCGUUCGUUACGAACUAUUGCCGUUAGUUAGUUUUUGCAACCAUGUUAUAUUAUAAAAGCUACUACACACUUGAAUAUGAACGAAUUUCACGAUAUAAAAAAUGGAUGUGUACAAGAGUAACAUAUCAACAAGGAUUCUUUUGUUAAAUGUCUUAAAAUUAUUUCGAGUGACCAGACUUUGGAACAUAUUUUACACUCAAAUUCAAUACUUGAGAUUUUUUUUGACAGAUGUUAUUUCGAAUUAUAAUGUAGUAAUAGAUUAUUGGAUUGACUUGGUUCUCUUCUGGAUUGUGGAUGAAUCGAUAAUAAGUGGGAUCUUAAUUAAUUACGAUAAUUAAUUACGAUAAAUUAACUUUAUUUAUUGAUAUAUCUGAUACAUGAAAAAAUCAACUUCUACUCUGGACGGAAUAUAGGGGAAAGCAUCCAGGGCUACAGACUUCCAUAAAAGAGGGGCCCUCAAAAUAGAGACUUCGCAAAAUAUAAUUCUCCAAAUUCCAACUAGUAAAAAGCUGCAAACAACUUUUUUUCGCUGUUUUUCGUACGCUUAUGGAUCUUCUUUGAUAAGAUUUGUUAUCUCUUGUGAUUUGAGUUAUUGCAUCGAUAUUCACUUCUUUUCAUUAUCUAUUAUCUAUUAUUUUGAGCCUAUUACUUUUUAUCUUAGGCAGGUAUCUUUCUUUCUUUCUUCCUUCACCUAGAUUUGGGACCAGCAGUGAGAUCUGUUGAACCUAGGUGGUUAUGAAUAUUAUAAUCUUCAUAAUUAACUUUUCUAUAGAAUUACUUUUAAUCAACCGACCUAGUUUUCUAAUUGUUUAUACUGUAAUAUUAAAAUUUCUGUUACAUUUUCUAUAUAUUUUCAAUUAGUCCAUGUAUAAUAUUAUCCGUCAAAAUAACAAGAUGUAUGGAUAGUUUGUAUACUAUCCAUGCUUUAUAAACUAGCCAAGGUUUUAAUCGUAACAUACUUAGACAUAAAUGCUGUUGGUGUUCAGAUGUCGCUUAUUAAGAACUGAACAUCCUUGAUUCGAUGACCUCUUGUACACAUAUCCAUGGAAAAAAACUUUAGUGUAAGAUUUUUUUGCGAGAAUUAAAAGUGAUAGGUGCCGCGAGGAAUUAAUUUUAGACUUUAUUUUAUAGUGAUUUUUGCAAAGUUUAUAAAAUAUUGAAAUAAAUCAUGUAUAGUAAGAAAGAUAACUGUUAUAUCGAUAACUGAAUCGAGUUUUUGAAACUGUAUUAAAAAUGGAAUUAGAACUCAAAAUUGAGAAAGUGAUCAGGAAUUGAAUGGUUGAUUUUGGCGAUUAAAGUUAUUGACUUGAACAAUAUCUGUUAACUGAGCUUUUCAUUAGAAAAAAAUCAAAUUAAUUUAUGAGCAGAGCCAAGAUAUAAUCUUAGUUCAUCACUUCGUAUCCUCAGUUUUGAAAAGAUCUAUUUUGCUUUAAAAUAUUGAUAUCGAGCAUGAAUGGAAUCUAGUUGCUAUCUAUAUCUAGUUUAAUAUGAGGGACUUAUUUAUUUAAUGAUUAUUUUUCUCAAGACUUUUAAGUAUUUGCAAUACAUGCAGCUUCUCAAACGUUCGUUUUAAUUAUAAGAAAUUCUACGAUGAGAUGAAUUUUAAUUAUUUGAAUAGGGAGUUGACUACUUAAGAACAGUAAAGAAAUAGAAGAAAGGCUGGGAGGCAAAAAUAUAAUAAGGUAUAUAAAAGCACAAAGACUAAAUUGGGCAGGACAUAUGAUGAAAAGGAAAACUACAGAAAUGGUGAGGAGGGUAACACAAUCGAUACAUUUAUUGCCAAGAGGUAGACCAAGAAAUACCGGGAAAAACCAAAUUUGAGAAAAUACAAGAAUCAUAGAAAUAGUAGACUGGAAAACAAAAUACGAACAGGAGGAAGCUGACAAACGAAGCCAGGACCAACAAAAAACUAUAACAAAAAGAACAAGGGCAGUAAAUUACCCCAAUAUAGGGAUUUAUAUGCGUACAAAGCGCUAAUCAUAAUCCAAGAUAUUGAACGGCAUAAUGAUGAUGAAGACUCAAGUGAUAAGACUUCUAGAUAUUUGCAAUAAAGGUAGAUUCUCAACUUUUCGUUCUAAUUGUGAGAAAAUUUCUUUAAUGUGUUUAUGUUUUUAAAUGUUCUUGAUUUUACGUCUCUUCUGUUCCAAAAUUAGUUUUUUUUUAAUAAUUUUAGAAGAUACAUAAAAAUUGACGUUUCGACUAAUUUCAAGUCUUUAUCAAAAUUUGAUAUUGACACUGACAAUUUGCGUAAUUAUGGAUUUAUGGAAGAUGGAAUUGUUCCAAAAGGCCAUUGAAAAUAAUAUUUACUGCUUUUUCUUCAUUUAUAAAGUGUAAAACUAUCCACUAGCCAUUUUCUAAAAUUCUUAUCAAUUAAUAGAAAAUGGAAAAAAUUACAAAAGAGCACAACUUGGGGGGACAGAUUUAUCUAAUAAAUCAAAUAUAGGCAGGAAUGUUAAUAUAUAAUAUCUAGAAAGAUAUCUAGAAACAAAAAAUAAUUUUUAAAUGACGGAGAAUUUAAAAAUAUUUCAGGCGUGGGGCUUCUUGAUAAAAAAAUUCUUAUCUUAAAUGAAACAUAGUUAAUAGAGAAAAUAACUAAUCAAUUGUUUUAUAUACAUUUUCUAACAUUAUAUAUAGAAAAAGAAGGAAGUGACUAGAAAUUCCUGCGUCAUAUCAGCAUACAAGCGAUUCAAAUUCUUCAUUUGAAAAUAUCAUUACAAAUAUAAAAACUUAGCAAAUGCCCAAAAGCCAAUCUCUAAUACUGUUUACUGUUGUACAUUUUUUUAUCAAUUUUUAAUCCUAAAUACUACGCUUUGGCAAAUACAGGAAUGAAUGUGAAAUAGCCACGCUCUUCAAUGCGCGUUACUAGAUGAUGGUACGGUCCCUCGAGCAGGUAUACUUGACUACUAUUGUCAGUUCUAUUGUGUCUGUUAGAUAGUGAAGAUCACUGCAUGGGUACCUCUGUUCAUUAUUUACCUCACUAAUUCACCAAGCGCAUUUUCAUCGGAAUACUUUCUCAUUUUAAUUUCGUGCCUCUCGUACAUUUCGCGACUGCUGUAUUUGCCAAACUGUACACUAUAUGGAAUAUAAUUGAACCAUAUACACAUACCUUUUAAAUGAUUUCUGUCUGUUGAUAUUUUGAUAUUUCUUCAAAUAUGAUAUCUCAAAUUUGGGUUCUAACAACAUAAUCAAAAAGUUGAAUUUAUAAUUAUUAGGUUGUGUUUAUAAACAUAGGAAUUAAAAAAUGAGUCAAUGAUUACAGCAAUAAGUUAUGAUUUUAGUUGUACUUGAAGAAAAUCAUUGAAGUAAAUUUUGUUAAAAUUAUGUAUAGCUACUUUUAUCUUAUCUACUAUCUGUAGAUAUCUUGAAAAUAAAUGAAUAUGAACUGUUA